UGACAUCAUACAGAAAAUAUACUGCUUUGACAGAAAAAAAAGAUUAAAGAAAAUUUUUGUGUGAAAUAUUAUGGAUAUAUUAAACAAUAUAAGAAGUACUUUCGAAAAUGUGAAAACUUCACUCAAAGACAAAAACUCUUCUAGUCGACUUCAAGUUUUAAAGAAAGAUAUUGUAACCCUACAAUCAGAACUCCUCGUGCUGGGAAAGGAAAAUCAUGACCAAUUUAUCAGGUCCCAGGCGAUGGAGGGAUACCUUACAUUACUGGCAGCUAAAUCAAUGCCCUUAUCACUCAAUGAGAAAAAAAAUAGUCUGAUGGUUGCUUUUGAUAAACUAAAGGAGUAUGCUUUACGUGAAGAAUGCCUGUUCAUUUUUCUUAGAAUUCAGAACUUACUCUGUUUUUAUCUCAUACAACUAGACGAAAUUAAUGUUGCGAAAGAUAUCCUCGAAGGAAUGGAAGAAAUUUACGAUAAAAUUAGCAAAUCAAAACCGGAUAUGUACUUCGACGCGGAAGACUUAUUUACGACUGAACCAAUCAACAAAUUAAAACGACUCAACCCAGAAAAAAUUGAUAAAUUAAUAACUAAUAAUGUUCAGAUGUUAGCAUUUUUGUAUAACAAAUUAAACAUGCCAGAAAAGUACACUUUAUAUAAUCAUACCGCUCUCAGGCGACAAUUAGAAAUGAAAGAAGGUACCCCACAAGACUGGGCUCUACGAACAGCACGGCUAGGUAAUUACUUUACUUACCUCAACCAACUUAAUAAUGCUCGACAUCAUUUAUGUGCAGCCAAUCAUAUUCUACGGACUUGCCACGAUAAUUGUAAGCUAAUGCCCGAAGAAUUUGUGCUGCAAAAAGCGGAUUUUGAAAUACAAUUCUUAGAAUUGAGUCACCAUUGGGUUAAAUAUGGCCUUACGCUUUUCAAAUUAUCAAGAAAAAAGAUAUUGAAUCGUUUCUUUUCACAAUCGUCUAACGGAGCAGACUCUUGGAAAACUCUAGACGUGCUAAGCGACAAUAGCGAAAAUAAUCCUGAGAAAAACGAAGAAAAUACUAAAGAUAUAGGAGCAGAAAAACAUGAACAAGGGGAUGGAAUAUCUGAAAAAGUUUAUACUUUCCCCACGUUAGAUUUACAAGACAUCGAAAAAAGAGUUCCGUUGGAUAUCAUUCGUAACACUUUAGAAGCGCGUAAGCUAUUUUCUUUCACUCAUAAAUGGCUGAUGCGUGCCAAGCACUACUAUGAUUUUGAGCAUCAUUCAGCCCAAUACAUAUCUUGUUCACUACAACUUUCUGAAUUAUACGAGCAUCUUGCAUUUUUCGAAAAGAAUAUCGACAAUCAAUACAGCAUACAGAAAAGAAGAGCAGAUGUUUUAGAAACUCUUAACUCUUUACUGAAAACGUGCGACAACGUUAUGUCCAUACAAAUUGACGUAAUAAAGGAAUUAUCUCAAAUUCAAUUAGAGUUGAUGGCGUUGAAUUUGCAAAAGUUAUGGCGUGAAGAAUCGCAAGUUAAUAUAUUUAACUUGGAUAGUGAUGCAGAUUCUAUCAUAAACUCCCUGGAUUCUGAAUCGAAUAAAACUUUAACUGAGAGGACAUUGAACACAAAUUCCAAAAACAUGUUCCUAAAAAAGAUGGAGGCAGCUACGUCUCUCAAUGCAAAGUUAUAUAGAUUAAGCGGGCAAUUAGGUCCCAGCUCUCCUUCAGAACUAAGCUUUACUUGCAGUUUGCCUAAUAAAAAUUAACAUCCACAGGAUCAAGAUAUUAUAUGAUAUAAUUUGA